ACUGGCUUGUGGUAAAUGUAGCACAACCUAAACUGACAAUGCCAUUCCUGGGUUUGUAACCACCCUCCUUUGGGUUCCGCGAAUUUCAUUGGCCAAAUCCAACGUCGCUUCUACGACUGUGAUAACGUGAUUGGACUACACGCGUACAUUCCCGCCACUGUCAAGCUCAAACGUUCUAGAAACGCCCACCGGCGCUAAGGUUAGUCGGCGCGAAAGAGACGCUGGUGUUCCACAUGGGCCGGAUGGAUGAAACGCUUCUUGACAGACAGAAGAGAGGAUACAUUGUUGUGUUGUGUAGGAGAUAAUCGCAAUUUUAACGACGUCCAGUCUGUGUUGAAGUAAAGGUCACUGUUGACAUUCUUCGUCUCAAGAGAUUAUGAGUUCGCCCGAGAAUCCAGACCUCGCCCUCAAAGAAUUCACUUUCGAAGAAAACAAGGGCACACUACACUCCCUCACUGUGUCAAUCCCAGAGGUUCUGGACCCUCAGUACGGCAUGUACGUCUGGCCUUGUGCUGUGGUUCUGGCCCAGUACGUCUGGACCCAGCAGCAGGAGAUCCAGCACAAGACCGUCCUUGAGCUUGGCGCGGGGGUGAGUCUGCCGGGUGCCGUCGCUGCCAAGUGUGGUUCCGCCGUCAUCCUCUCCGACAGCGCCGAGCUCCCCCGUUGCCUUGACAACUGCCGGCGCACCUGCGAGGUGAACGGGCUGCGGGAGGUGAGCGUGGUGGGCCUCACCUGGGGACAGGUGUCGCCUGACCUCAUCGCCCUCCCGCCACUGCACAUCAUCCUCGGAUCAGAUGUCUUCUACGAACCAGAAGACUUCGAGAACGUCCUGGUGACCGUCUCCUUCCUCCUGACCAAGAACCCGCACGCCCAGUUCUGGACCACGUACCAGGAGAGGAGUGCGGACUGGUCAGUGGAGCCGCUGCUGCACAAGUGGGGGCUGAGCUGCACUCUCGUCCCGCUGGCCUCCUUCGGCGCGCAGGGCAGCCAGAUCGCCCGCUCCGCUCUCCCCGGCAACCACGCCGUGCAGAUGAUGGUCAUCUCCGCCACGCCAUCCAGAUGAUGGUCAUCACCACCACGCCGUCUAGAUGAUGGUCAUCACCACCACGCCGUCUAGAUGAC